AUGACCACCAAAGAGAAGAGCCAAAAGAAGAGUCAAGAGCAGAGUCAAAGAGAGAGUCAGAGUCGACCAGGUCAAGAGAUAGAAGUGCUCGACCUCCGCAGCCUCAAGCAAGAUGGCGCCGCCGCCGUCCUCGACCAGGUCGCCCGCAUCGAACGCCGCACUUUCCCGCCGUCGGAGGCGAUGAAGCUCGACCUCAGCCUCUGCAAGAAGCCCAACUCGCGUCUCCUCUACUCUUCCUCUUCUUCUUCUUCCUCCUCUUCAGCUUCAGCGUCAGCUCCUACGACAGUGACAGGAUACGUGAUGUACGUGCGGAUGAGGGAAAAGGCGCUGCUGCACAAGCUCUGCGUCGAGGCCGGCCACCGCGGGCAGGGGAUAGGAGGCCGUCUGCUGGCCGCGGUCGAGGAGCAGCUGGCGCUCGAGGGCUGCCAGACGGUCCAUCUCUGGGUCGACGCUGGACGGACGGCGGCGAGGGCGCUCUACCGGCGGCGAGGCUUCGAGGAGACGCGGACGGUGGAGGACUACUACGGCCCCGGCAGGACAGGCAUCAACAUGGUCCUGACCCUGCCAGGUAACUAG